AUGAUGGGGUUUGAAAGUCUGUGCAGUUAUGGUGGGAUUACUGAGGAAGAAAUAGGAUUAGUCAGCCCUGAACUAGUUACUAAACUUAAUAUUGCAUUUGAUAACAUCUAUCACGAUGCUGAAGUGGCGAAAGAGGAACUUGCGAAACUUCAGAAAGCUCAAGAAAAUAGUGCGUUGCAUUAUUCUGAAGAGCAGUACAAACUAAAGUCAGCAUCUGAAGAGUUAGAGAAGAAGCUGAGAGAAUGCAACGAUGCACUUUACGCUGUCGAAGAAAAGCUUCAUAAUGUUAAUGUGGAGAAGGAGGAUUUCCGUACAAAAUUAAACGACUGUUUGUCCGUUAAUAAUGAGCUUAACCUCGCUAUCCGUGGGUUAGAAAAUGAGAAAGAAAUUUUGUCAGAUCAACUAAAGAAUAAGCUCGGGUUGAUUGACUCUCUAACCUCUGACAUUAGCGAGCUACGUACAGAAGCCGAAAAUGUUCGGAAACUAAAAUUGGAAAUGAUGUUAAAGUCGGAAGAUAUUAUUGGGCGUGAGUCGUCGAUAAAAGCUCAAGAAGCUCGUUGGUCAGACGAACUAUCUAACUUACAGCGACACAAUGACUGGCUAGAAGAACGUCUCCAACAGACAACUGACCAGUUACUGACAGUUAGGAGAGAUUCGUACCAAAAGUCUUACUCUCUUGAAGCUGAACUUGGUCUUCGUAACGUUGAACUUGAGAACUCCAAACAGUGCGUUGAAAGACUAGAAAAAAAUGUGCAGAAGCUUACUCAGACAAAUGACGAGUACAUCGUCAAACUUAAACUAGUUACGGAUGAACAAAUCAAGAUGGAGCAGUUGUACGGAAAUGAAAUUGAGGCACAGAAGCAACUUAUAAAACUGUACAAGGAACAAGUAAAGAGCUGGAAGAAAAAAAUGAAGAGCUUAGUGAUGCUGCUUCAUCCAUCCAGGGCCUCUUAA